CCAUGUCUGAUCAAGUGUGUGCCUUCCGAGUGCCCGCUUCUGUGGCUGCCUCUCAUAUACACGCGUACAGUCAUGGCUUCUUCGCAAGAUAGCGUGUACGAUGCGAUCCGCUCCGCAUAUCCAGGCGCUGUUCCACAGAGUACGAGUGUGAUUCAGUCUCUGUGGGGUGGUUAUGGGAAGGUUUUGCGCGUCAAGCUCUCGGACUGUGAAGUGGAAUCCGUGGUUGUGAAGCAAGUGAAACCGCCGAAAAGAACUCCUGGCAUGGACAUCGGACACGACAGGAAAGUCAAGUCAUACGAAGUCGAGCAACGUUUCUAUGAAAAGUACGCUCCGAAAUUGGACCCUGCUGUUGCGCGUGUUCCUCGCUUGCUUGCCUCGAGCAACGCGGUGCCAGGCGAGACUUUGAUGGUGUUGGAGGAUAUGGAUGCAUCAGGCUUUGCAGGGGGGCGUGGUUCGACAUCAGCGAUGAUUCAUUGGUUGGCUGGGUUUCACAAGACGUUCCUGCUGCCCGCAAGCCCUGAUGGAAGACCGGAGGGAACCGAUGACGGAGGAUUGUGGAGCUGUGGCGGAACCCACCACCUCGCGACCCGCCCGGAGGAGCUCGCCAAUCUAGCCGAGGACGAUCCUCUGCGCAUCCACGCGGAAGAUUUCGACAGAUUGUUGCGCGGCGCAACUUACCAGACCCUAUUGCAUGGUGAUCCAAAGUCGUGCAACAUGUGCUUCUCAUCGAAAGGGGAUGCGUGCGCAGCCGUGGACUUUCAGUACACUGGUUGGGGUCCUGGGAUCGUCGACCUCACGUAUGGAUUCGGGUUGGGUUUAUCUCCUUCUGACCCCCUGAUUGAUGAGUACUUCCGCGUGCUCGAUGGAGGCCCAGAGCUUGAAGCUGAAUGGAGAGCACUCCUUCCAAUCGCAGAGGCUGACUUCGAGAGGUUCAUAAACGGCUGGGGCGGCGGCUGUAGGGACUGGCGCAGACGCUCAAACCAGUUCGAGGAAGCGUUGAAGCGAGCGCGAACAGCUGCAAAGUGA